AUGCCCUCCAACUCAUCCCAAACAAACCCACCCCCAACAGAAGCACACACAUCAACAGCCCAAAUCCCAACCCCAACCCUCCGCAAACAAAUACACCAAAAACCAAAAUACCUCUACUUCGCCUACGGCUCAAACCUCUCCCCAACACAGAUGAAAUCCCGCUGCCAGAUAGACCCAGAAACGUCCUCAACCCCGCUAGCAAUAGCAACUCUCCCACACUGGCGCUGGCUCAUCUGUGAAGCCGGAUACGCAAACGUCCUCCCACCACGUGGACUGCGCGUCCCGAGUCAGGAUACCGAUAUCGCGCAUGAAAUCACUGUUUCGAGCAGUGUGGAUUUGGUUUAUGGGGUUCUUUAUGCUAUGGAUAUUGGGGAUGAGGGGAUUUUGGAUAUGUAUGAGGGGGUUGAUUCCUCUGCUGGGGAUUCAGAGGGGGAUUGGGUUGGGGUUGAUGUGAGGCCGAGGGAGCAGGCGGAUGGGUCUUAUAAUAAGUGGUUUGUUGAGGCGGAGGUUGUUAGGUGGUUAGAUGAGGAUGGGCAUGGGCAUGGGCAGGGGACGGGAAAGGUGCCCGUUUUGGUAUAUGUGGAUGAGAAGUGUGUUCGGGUUGCUAAGCCUAAGUUUGAAUACAUUGCUAGGAUGAAUAGGGCUAUUCGGGAGUCGGUGGAGUUAGGAGUUCCACAGCGGUGGGUGGAUGAGGUUAUGAGGAAGUUCAUUCCUAUGGGUGACAAUGGAUUGGAUAUUUGA